AUGGAGUCUAAUCCUAGUCUGCUACCUGUGACACGGGACUCCAGCUCUUCUCCGCCGAGCUCCAAACAGGACCUCCCAACAUUCAACCCCAACCUGAAACCCAACCAGGUCAGCGAGACCGCGCUGUAUGGAAUACCCAUAGUCUGCCUGGUGCUGGACGGCCAGGAGAGACUGUGCCUGGCGCAAAUCUCCAACACUCUGCUGAAAAACUACAGCUAUAACGAGAUCCACAACCGGCGUGUGGCGCUGGGCAUCACCUGCGUGCAAUGCACCCCGGUCCAGCUGGAGAUUCUGAGGCGUGCGGGCGCCAUGCCUAUCUCCUCGAGGCGCUGCGGGAUGAUUACAAAGCGCGAGGCCGAGAGGCUUUGUAAAUCGUUUCUCGGAGCUCACAACCCUCCAAAAUUACCGGAAAACUUCGCAUUUGAUGUGUCCCACGAGUGCGCGUGGGGGAGCCGUGGUAACUUUAUACCAGCCAGGUACAACAGCUCCAGAGCCAAGUGCAUCAAGUGCUCCUUCUGCAAUAUGUAUUUUUCUCCCAAUAAGUUCAUAUUUCACUCUCACCGCACACCAGAGUCAAAGUACACCCAGCCAGACGCAGCUAACUUUAACUCCUGGAGGAGGCACCUCAAACUGACUGACAAAGGCUCACCUGACGACGUGGCACAUGCAUGGGAGGACGUGAAGGCCAUGUUCAACGGGGGCAGCCGGAAGAGGACGCUGCCCGUGCACGGUCACGGCUCUGAGCGUUCCUUUCCAUUGAAACCACAUCAAGGACCUAGCAACCUCUCCCGGAGAGACUCACCGGAGAUCCCCCCUAAAAUCCUCCGCUGCGAGGACAACCGGGGAGGCAUGGGGAGUAUGAGUACCACGCGCAGCUAUCCGGUUAUCCCGGUGCCCAGUAAGAGCUUCGGUAUGUUGCAGAAUGUGAAGAUUCCUCCGCCGCUUUACCCACAUCCCUACGGGUUCCCGGCAUUCGGGUUGUUACAGAAAAAGGAUGACGGUGCUGUGAUGGGAGAAGGGCAGAACAAAGCCCACCUCUCCGGGGUCUUCUCCUGGCCUAGCACCAAGGACAGCGCCUACCACUCUUUCCCCAUGUUCUGGCCUACUGCAGGUGGCCUGACCAUGCCCCCCUACCCCCACCCCCAGCCACAGCCACAGGCCCAGCACAAACCGCACUCGGAGCUCCUGUGCGCCAGACAGAGUGAUCUGGAUGCAUCCGAGCAGAGUGACAGAAGUAGCAACACUCCGAGGGACAGUCUGAUGGACAGUGACCAGUGCUCUAGCACACAGUCCACCCGGAAUGAGGACGACAAGUUUGGCGAUGAGGCGAGGCUAAUGGACUGUAUAAGGCCAGUUCUACCACGGAAGAUUAGCUACGUAUCUGCAUUCAGACCCGUCAUCAAAGACGCGGAAAGUAUAGCCAAACUUUACGGUAACCGGGGGUCGUACAACGGGGCUCGAGCUGGCUACCUGUCACCAGAUUUCCUGAGCGAGAGCUCGAGUUACAGGUCCAUGUCCCCCGGAAGCGUGGACAGUGUGGGAGAGACGGAUGUGGAUGUUGAAACCAAUAAAUCACAAGAGGAUGAGGAGUCACUUCCGCACACCAUUGAGGUCAGCAAGAGCCCCCUUGUUCCGGUUCUAAACUUGGCACAGGAUGCUUCACUAAACUGCCCAGAAUCCAAAUCGGAGCCAGAGCAGGCGGCUGUGGUCGACUCACAGAGGAUGAAUCUACCUCUACACGUGGUACUGUCUUCAGACAGAGAGAGACAGGAGAACAAGACCACGUCUUUUGUUGAAGUGAGCGAGGCAACGCACAAUGUUAGCAGAGUAUUACAAACUCAGAAAGACAUAGAAAAACUGGCAAAAGAGGAAUUGCAGAGACAGCUCGUUGAGCAAGUGGAGCAAAGGAAGAAAUUGGAACGAGAAUUCCAACAUUUAAAAAAUAAUUUCCAUCAUCAGAUGAAAAGGGAGCUGUCUUACAGGGAAGAGAUGUUUCAGCAGCUUCAUAUUGUCAGAGACACAUUAGGCAGCGAGCUGGACCAAGAGAGAAAGGUUAGGUAUGCCAUUCAACACAACUUGAAAGAAGCUCACAACGCGGUACAACAUUUCUCCUGUAAGAUGCUGACUCCUCGACACUGCACUGGAACCUGCUCCUUCAAACCUCCUCGCUGA